CUCGUUAUAAAAUGCCUACAUUUCUGUUCAUGAUCGCUCCCUGGAACUAAAGCCUCUUAUGGGGGCUCUCAUGGCCUAGAGGUUUCGGCAAGAAGGGUCUGCUGGCGCCGGGAGUUAUGUUGCUGGGUAGUGCAGUCUGUGCUGGCGUCAUCACCAAGGUGAACGGCUUUGGGACUGACGUUACCAUCAAAGGACCAGACUUCCGCCGCAUCUACUACAUCAAGCCCUACAACCGGAUAGGAGCGUACAUCGUUGGCACGGUUACCGGCUGGCUACUCUACAAGACCAGGUGUGAGGCCAAGCUACACUGGCUGUGGGUAAUCUGUGGCUGGCUGUGGGCGGGUGUGCUGGGCCUGAGCGUCCUGUAUGGCCUGUCUGACCAGGCGGCUGGACACCCACUGACCAAUGACGUGGCCGCUCUCUACAACGCUCUACGUGGUUGUGCCUGGGGCCUGGCUGUCAGCUGGGUCAUCUUUGCCUGCGCCUCAGGAUAUGGCGUUCGUGGAGGAUGGACCUUCGCAUACUUGGCCAUCCUCGUCAUGUCGUUCCUCCUAUCGUUUGUCGCCUCCAUGGCCUUUGAGUCGCCGUUCCUGGGACUGGAGAAGAUGGUUCUAGCAGCAGUGGGCCGCGUCAGCUCUGUGCUGUCUCCUCCAAUCAAACGUCUGGUCGCCGGGCGCAAGGAUGGUGGGAGGGGAGAGGCGCAGUACUUCGAUCGCUUUUCCAACGAAGCUGGGGACGGCCUGAUUCCUUGA